AUGAUGGGCACUAGCCGUGGAUUGCCAAGGUCUGAGACUUGUUUCUUUUUCUGUUUGCUGGUGUUUAGCUACAUCUCCAUAGAUGAAACACUUCAGAGUCUGGAGGCCCAUUCCUUCAACAGUUUAAGUAAAAUCACUCAUAUUGAAAUUCGAAAUCUUAGAAACUUAGAUUACAUAGAUCCAGAUGCCUUUAAGAACCUCCCACUUUUGAAAUACCUUGGUAUUUUUAAUACUGGACUCAAAGCAUUUCCAGACCUCACCAAAAUCUACUCAUUUGAUGUGAACUUUUUACUUGAAAUCGCAGAUAACCCUUUCAUUACUUCAGUGCCUGCCAAUGCUUUCCAUGGGCUUUGUAAUGAAUCUCUAACUCUCAAACUCUACAAUAAUGGUUUCACCAGCAUCCAAGGUCAUGCUUUUAAUGGGACAAAUCUGGAUGCUAUCUAUCUGCACAAGAACAAAUACCUGCAAGUUAUCAAUGACGAUGCAUUUCUGGGAGUGUACAGUGGACCAACUCUACUUGAUGUCUCCAGAACAGCCAUUACUAACCUUCCAGCCAAAGGACUGGAAAGCCUUAAAGAACUAAUGGCCAAAAAUACAUGGACUUUAAAGAAAUUACCAGCUGUAAAGAUAUUUCUUCAGCUAAUGCGAGCUGACCUAUCAUAUCCAAGUCACUGCUGUGCUUUCAAGAGCUGGAAAAAAAACAGUGGAAUCUUGGAGUACCUGACAUGUAACCAGAGUGGCAGUCACAGCUUUCGUAAGAGAUCAGUUAAAGCUCUCAGAGGUCCAUUUCACAAAGAUUUUGAAGAAGAAUACACAGACCACACUGAUACUGUGUAUGACAAAAACACCAGCUUCACGAAUUUUCAUGAAAAUUCCCAUUAUUACAUUUUUUUGGAAGAGCAUGAGGAAGGAAAUCUUGGGUUUGGCCAAGAGCUCAAGAACCCUCAAAUGGAAUAUGUCCAGACCUUUGACAGUCAUUAUGACUACCCUAUCUGCGGGGGCAAUGAAGAAGUAAUAUGCACUCCAGAGCCUGAUGAGUUUAAUCCCUGUGAGGAUAUAAUGGGAUAUCAAUUUCUGAGGAUUGUGGUGUGGUUUGUGAACCUGCUGGCCAUCCUAGGUAACAUUUUCGUACUUUUCAUCCUUCUCACCAGCCAUUAUAAACUGACUGUACCACGCUUUCUGAUGUGUAACUUGGCCUUUGCUGAUUUUUGCAUGGGGUUAUACCUCCUCCUGAUUGCUUCAGUGGAUCUCUACACCAGGUCAGAGUACUAUAACCACGCUAUAGAGUGGCAGACUGGGCCUGGUUGCAACACAGCUGGCUUUUUCACGGUCUUUGCUAGUGAACUUUCUGUAUACACACUGACUGUGAUCACCCUGGAACGCUGGUAUGCCAUCACUUUUGCCAUGCGCCCAGAUCGAAAGGUUCGCCUCCGGCACGCCUCGGUUAUCAUGCUGGGAGGGUGGCUCUCGUGCUUUCUUCUUGCCCUUUUGCCACUGGUUGGCGUCAGCAGCUAUAGCAAAGUCAGCAUCUGCUUGCCCAUGGACACUGAAACACCAGUGGCUGAAGCCUAUGUUGUCUUCGUUUUAAUAUGUAACAUUAUUGCUUUUGUCAUCAUUUGUGCCUGCUACAUAAAAAUCUACAUAACUGUGCGAAACCCUCAGUACAAGUCAGGGGACAAAGACACCAAAAUUGCCAAGCGGAUGGCUGUGUUGAUUUUCACUGACUUUCUGUGCAUGGCUCCCAUUUCUUUCCACGCUUUAUCUGCCAUUAUGAACAAACCAUUGAUAACUGUCACCAAUUCCAAGAUCUUGCUGGUACUCUUCUACCCACUCAAUUCUUGUGCCAACCCCUUUCUUUAUGCUAUUUUCACCAAAGCUUUCAGAAGAGAUGUGUUUAUCCUGCUAAGCAAGUUUGGUAUAUGUGAGCAUCAGGCUCAAGUCUACAGAGGUCAGACAAUCUCAGCCAAAAACAGCAGCAGCUCUUAUGGGCAGAGAAUCAGCCGAGGGAUAGGUCAGGUUCUUACAAGCACUCAAGACCCAGCCAAUGAUUACCUUCCUGCCGUGACAAUGCAGAACCAAAUUCUCAUGGAAGAAUGCAAGCAAACUGAGCUAUAA